CUCAAUUUUUAAAAAGACCAUAAUUUCCAAAAUAGAUGAAAGUAGAACCGGGACUCACAUCAAGCCUAUCGCCGACUGCACUAAUGGCUGGUCUCGGGUCUAAUCAUAGCAACUCUAGUCAUACCUCAUUGACCACAUCGUCGAGUAGUAUUAACUCUAACGGCACGUGUCCUCCAACACCGGCUCGUAGGCGACACCGGACAACAUUUACUCAGGAACAGCUACAAGAGUUAGAGGCAGCGUUCGCUAAAAGUCAUUAUCCGGAUAUCUAUUGCCGGGAAGAGUUGGCCAGAAUUACCAAAUUAAAUGAGGCCCGCAUUCAGGUUUGGUUUCAGAAUAGAAGAGCUAAAUAUAGAAAACAAGAAAAACAAUUACAAAAAGCAUUGGCUGCACCGUCAAUGUUGCCGGCAUGUAAUGGGGCAAUGAUGAGGAAUAUAUAUCAGGCCAGUAGUGCACAGGCAGGUACCAGAGGGUACCAAUACUCUACAGCCAAUGCCAUCAAUUCAAUGAGUACGUCAAGAUAUCCACCAAUGAGUACAGCAUCUUAUCCUCCGGUGACAGCACAACCCUUCUCUAUGAGUCAUUCAUCACCAGAUAUGUCAGUCAUCAGACAAGAAGAUGACAAUAAUUGGUAUAAUAAAGGGUUUUCAGCUCUCAGGAUGAACUCAACGCCGCACAGUCACAAUCUAACGGCACCUAUGCUUCAAUAUCAGGCAUAAUCAUCAAUUGGACAUCUAUUUUGUCAACAAAUAUCUUUGAGCUUAUAAUUCA